CGUCUGUUAUAAACACAACAAUAAUGACAUAAAUACUUUUUCCUUCGGCUAUAUCGGAAAAAAACAGCCGGUAGAUUCUGACAUACGCCUGAUGAGUGUCUCAGAUCUCAGUGAUGAACUCAGCAGACUCUACAGUGAGCUCUCAGAGACCGAUCAGUCAGGUGACUAUAUAGGAAGCAAACUGGCAAGGCAUGGCUCUCCUGAGUGGAGUUUGUGGCGUAGACGUAGAUUUUCCUUAAGGACUUUUUAUAUUUUUGAUGAUGCUUGUUUAAUAGACGAAGAUAAAUUAAACAAGGUUAUAGAGGAGUUUAAGAAAUUAAUUAAUCUACCAGUGUACCAAGCAGUACAAACGAGCUCAGGCAUACAAGACACAUAUUUGUCAGUGAAUAGGGACGUCAGCAGUAAAAGCACAUCUGCAAACAACAACAAUGUUAGAAUGAGUGAGAUGACAGUAAAAUUAUCCUUUGACAAUAUGAGCACUUACUAUAAUGUGGCAGAGGACGUGAAGGUUGUUGCUGGAAGGGCUUGUCUUGUAACUAAUGCCAAACCUGUAGAAAGGGAGGUAUCUGUGGGGUCAGAUGCUGUUGAAUGCCAGCUGGUCCCAGAGAAGCAGAAGACUGCAGCUGAUGGCUCACUCUGCUCAAGCAUCACAGAAUCUGAUUACAUCUGUCGAUGCAACACAGGAGAUAAAACCAAACCCUGCUGCUCUUCUCCCUGCCUUUACCAGGACGAUCUCAACGGCUACAGGUGUUACUCAGACCAGAAGCUGAUAGAGUGCUCACCCCGGUACUCCCUCAUCAUGUAUAAAGGACAGAAGUGCUUGGAUGAUUACCCCUGUGCCACAUAUGGCUACGACUACUACUGGUGCUGGACCGCUGACAACUGGGACUACUGCAGCCCUCCGCUGAGGAACAGUAAGACUAAAAACGGGAAGUGCUGCCGCAGCAACCACGCCUGUGCCAAAUAUGGUUCAAGAAAUACGUGGUGCUACACAGAUGAUAAAGACAGCUGGGAUUACUGCUGAAGACACUGUAGCUAGUAGAUGGUUUACAGUGUUUAUUACAAUUAAUACUAAAGUGUGACUUUGCAAAGCUGAUUGUGAUUGUACUUGCAUUACUUACAAACAUAUAUAGACUCUCAUACUUGUUUCUGAAAUUAACACCAGCUUAAUAUGUAUUUUUCACUAAUGAUUUGUAUGCAAAAAAAA